AUGCCUCCCACCGGAUCGGAUCCUCCUGUUGGUGCGGUCGUUGAGGUUCCCGCCGGUCGAGGGACAGUUCGAUUUUGCGGUGCCACCGCGUUUGCUGCCGGGAUAUGGGUUGGAAUCGAGCUUGCAGCUCCCAACGGCAAGAACGACGGCGCCGUUCAAGGCACUAAGUACUUCACCUGCAAGCCCAACUACGGAGUGUUUGUCCGCCCGAGCCAGGUCAAGGUUAUCUCGGCCACUCCAGAGCCAGUGGUGAGUGAACUGCUUGUUUAUCUGUCAUUUGUCUGA